GCCAGACGCCGGAUCAUCCAAAGACACAAAAAUUGGUCGUUCUCCUACUGCCCGCGUGGCCCGCCGCCGCCGCGCGCUGAAUAUAAAAGGGUGCCGGGGCUCUUGGCUCGCGCUCGAAUAGUUUUCUUUUCUUCCUCGCUUUUUUAUUCGCCGGGCGAACGACUCCGCAUAGUGCUCGGCCUGAAUUGAAAUCGGGCGGGGCCUGUAGCAGUUCAAAAUGAGGAACCUGAGCAUCGCCUUCGCGAUGGGAUUUCUGUUAAUGCUUGCGAUCAUCUGGGAAGCCGACAGCAAAAAAGUGACAAUAGACGAGGCCAAGAACACCGUGAAGAAUCUCAGGAAGCCCUGCCAGAAGAAGACGAACGCAACCAAAGAACUAUUGGACGGACAACACAAAGGCGAGUUCCCGAAGGACGAGAGAUUGAUGUGCUACAUGAAGUGCAUACUAACCACGACGAAGACCUUGAGAAACGACGAGGUGCAGUACGAAUGGUUCGUUAAGAAUGCUCGGCUCAUGCUGGAAGAGCAAUAUGUCCCGCGAGUCGAACACGUAGUCGAGGUUUGUCGAGAACGAGUGCCGACUACGUUGAAGGGUUGCGAGCUCGCAUGGGAACUAGGGAAAUGUGUUUGGGACGUGGAUUCCGAGCUGUACAUUGCUCCCUGACGAUCUCUGGCCAACGAAUUUGCAGUACUACCUAGAAACCGUAUGAUCGAGGUUACGUCAUCCGGUCAUCGUCGAGACAUCAUCAUCGUUACAGACACCACAUCGAGAAGCAGCCCGAACGAUUCACUUUUUUGUAAUUGUAAAUUCUCAUUAAUUGUAAAUUAUCAAAUCGAUGCGAGAUCGUGAUCGCAGAUCCUUGGAAAAUAGAUCGAUCUUCUCAAGAAAACAAACGAUUCGAGAAGAGAAACGAUUUUACAUUUCUUUUUUUGUUACAGACACUUGUAAUGUCUCCCUAAUUGACGCU